UUCAAAUAUUUAUGACUAUUACAGAUCAAGACUGGAUCAAUAGAAUCACUUGCAGUAUUGGUGGUUAUGAUUCUCUUAUCACUUACCUUGUUACCAAGAUUUGUACAAGAAAGGCUCAACUUGAACGCCAAUGUACUAAUAUUUCUAAAGGUGUCGUUCUUCAUGGAAAGCCUGGUACUGGCAAAACAGCCUUAGCUUUAGCGCUUGCAAAAACAUCCAAUUUGCCUUACUAUGUUGUGAACGGACCUGAUAUCUUCCAAACAGAGGAAGGGGCUUCCGAAAAUAGACUACGAUCCAUCUUUACCAAGGCAGCUAAAGAAGGACAGGAAAACAAAAGUAUGGUAUUAGUGAUUGUAGACGAAUGGGAUAUGCUUGCUGGAAUCAUGGCUAAGAAUAAGUCAGGAUUGGAUACACGAAUUACUUCCAUGAUGCAAAGUUGUAUAGAUCAACUUGACAACAACAAUCAUAUCUUUUUACUUUGCUUGACGAACCGGUUACAUGCUAUUGAUCCUUGUUUUUUACGGUCUGGAAGAAUGGACGAUGUACAAGAACUAGUGGUUAAAUUACCAGCUCAACGAUUGGCGAUUCUAUCUAUUCUCACUUCAAAACUCUCAUUUUCAUCCGAACAAGAUCGACAUGACAUUCUAUCUUCUUUGGCUAACCAAACUCAUGGAUUUGUCCCUAGUGAUCUAUCAAGUCUUUGUAGUCAAAUUGUGCUACAAUUGGUGAGACAAGAAAUCAUGUCAAAGCAGAAAUCUAUAGUCCAAUGGGAACAUGUUGAAAAAGCUUUAUCUGUUGUUCAUCCAUCCAACAUGAAUGCCUUUACCAAUCGGGUGCCCUCUGUGAGAUUCUCUGAUCUUUAUGGUAUAGAUGAUGUGAUUGAAGAUAUCAAGACAUCAGUGAUUUAUCCAUUCAAACAUCCUGAACAUUAUCUUCAAUUGGGAAUAUCUCCUCCUCGUGGUAUUAUGCUUCAUGGGCCAACUGGAACAGGCAAAACGAUGCUUUGCUCUGCUUUGGCUUUGGAAUCCGGUGUGAAUUUUGUCUUUGUCGAAAGCACUCAACUGCGAUCCAAAAUUGUGGGGGAAUCCGAAAAGAACAUUGCUGCCAUGUUUGCUCAUGCUAGGUCCAAUGCUCCAUGUAUCUUAUUCAUUGACCAGAUUGAUAUGUUGUUACCAAUGCGAGGGACUGGAUCAAGUUCUGAAAAUACAAGUGAUCGUAUUGUUACUGGAUUCUUGACAGAAAUGGAUGGUUUAUUGACCAAGGAUAAUAAUAAUAAUAAUACAAACAUGGAAUCAUCAGCACAAAUGGAUGUACUUGUAGUGGCUGCAACCAAUCGAUUACAUGCGGUGGAUAGCGCAGUAUUACGUCCUGGUCGAUUUGAUGAACAUAUUCAAUUAUCUAUACCCACACAAGACCAACGAUUUGCCAUUCUCCGGGGAUUAUCUAGCAAGAUGCCAUUAGAAUUGACUGAUCUGGAACUCAAGACGCUGGCGUCAACACAUACUCAAGGCUGGUCAGGUGCGGAACUGGACAAUUUAUUACGAGAAUCAGCCAUGAUCUGUUUACGAGAAAAUGUGACAAAUGACAAGAUUUGUAUUCGACAUAUAGAUCAGGCUCUUUUACAGAGAAAUCAAUCAGUAUAGACUUUUUGUAUUAUAUUUGAAUAAACUCAUAUCGAUGAUUUGGUUGUUUCCAAGAA